GAUAAGAUAACACUAAGAUGACUGCAACAGCAUAACGUCAGCACGAUUUCAAAUCCUGCGGGCGUGUCAGCGCAACAACUCACCAAAUAGGAGCCAACAGAGUACCGAAGGCCGUCAAAGUUCAAAGGUGCCAAGAUGAAAGCUGCCAUCGCAGUCCCAGCGACUCUCGCGUUGGUAUGGAGAUCCUAUUCACACAACUCAUUGACUCCUCUCGGAAUCCUGGUCGCAACGCUCACGGCAGUGGCGCAUGCGAUACACCCGUGGAAUCUACCUUUUGUCCUCCUCUGUGUCUUCUUCCUGGCUGGCACACGGGUCACCAAAAUCAAGAAGGAUGUUAAGGCCAGUCUUACCCUACACUCGCAAGGAAGCUCGGGCGGUGAAGGCCCGCGCACUCACGUCCAAGUCCUUGCCAACUCCCUGAUGGCGUCCGUCUUUACGCUCCUCCACGCCUACCAGCUGAGUCAGCGGCGGAAGGCAGUUCUAUCCGGACAGAUGCCCGAAGGCUCUUUUUGCUUCAAGUGGGGUAGCGGGGAUUUGCUUGUCAUUGGCAUCAUCGCCAACUACGCUGCCGUGUGUGCCGAUACGUUCAGUUCCGAGCUUGGCAUAUUGUCCAGAAGCACCCCACGCCUCAUCACGUCAUUCAAUCUGCGUAAGGUCCCCCCCGGAACAAAUGGUGGAGUGACAGUUUGGGGCUUGGUUGCUGGCGCGCUUGGGAGUUUGAUUAUAGUUACAGCCUCGUUGCUAUUUCUCCCCCUGUGUACAGACGAAACAGAUGGAAAGCUUUUUGGAGGUCCUGCUUGGAGCCCCUCCCAAAAGGGGAUGCUAGCUUGGGGUUUGGUCAUUUGGGGUGCAUUAGGUUCUCUUCUGGACAGUUUCUUAGGCGGUUGGCUUCAGCGAAGCGUUGUAGACUCGAGAACCGGCAAGAUUGUUGAGGGGGAAGGCGGCGUUCGUGUGUUAGUCUCCACGGACGACAACCCUCAGCGCUUCAAGAAGAGCACCGACGUUCAUGCUCAUAUACUCAAGGGGGAAGGCAAGGACGCCGUCGAGAACGUGGACGCUUCUUCCGCCGUCAAAGGCGAGGAAGCUUCGCGUGGCCCUUACGAACCAAAAGAUAAGCAUCGAAAAUCUACCUUUGGAGACCACAACCCAACCCGAGUGGUGGAAAGCGGACUUGACUUGCUGGACAACAAUGAUGUCAACUUCCUGAUGGCUUUCACCAUGAGCAUUGGUGCCGUGGCCAUCGCAGGCUACUACUGGGGAAUUCCUCUACAAGAUAUUCUGCGAGCAUAAAUCUUUUCCGCGUUUUGGGAUCUUGCUCAAUCUUAUAUCAUUCGUAGAGGCUCGAAGACGGUGGACAGGCUUAUGGAUGUAGGUGGAAGUGGGAUGCCGUAUCUACAAUUACAUGGUAUUGGUGAGACUUCGACAUUUGCAAGACAGAAACUACGACUAAUUUACGAUGGGGAUGUAAUGAGGGUCAUCAACUACAUAAGAUGACGUAAAACCUUUCAUACUUUAAUGAUCUCCCAGCACCUCUUCUCGUGGUGAGGAGAUUGCUUGUUUUGUUUAUUCUGCUGUAAUAUUCUUGAUCACGUGUGACGGAGACCACAAGAGAUCCAUGACGUCGAGACUCGCCUGUUCUGAAGGUACUUAUACCAAUUUGGUCGUGAUGAUCAUCACGAGGCCUAGCACAGCCGUGGCAUGUUAACCAAGGUACUUAACUCAGUAUGCUAGCCUUGCAG